AUGUCCGGGGAACGCAGCCUCUCGCCGAGCGCGAAACCUCGAAUGGAACGCGGGAGCGGCGUGAGCGUCGACGUCGGCGUCGGCGCCGACAGACAAGGCGCCGUCAACCUUCGUGGCGGCGCGACGUUCAUGAAAAGUGUCUCGAUCUUCUUGAUGAGCGGUCGUAAAGCAUCGGUGAACAGCAACAGGCAGACGAGCGGCUCAGCCAGCCCAAAGCACGAGCCCAGGAGGAGGCAUCGUAGGAGAAUGCCGGUGCCCGCCACGGCAAGAACCUCCGGGUACACGGUCAAGCUGAUCGAGUCGUUGAAGAGGAAAACUAGAUUCUCGUCCGAAUUGGAUAAUCUGUGCAAACUGUACAAGAAGUUAAUCAAUCCAGGGCAGCAACAAGUAGGGCAAUCGGUUAUUAUCGGGAGGAGGUCUCAACCGAAUCAAAUUACAGAGGGUAUCGACAGAACCAUCUUUCGCGAGUUAUUGCACAACACGUUCAAAGUGAUCACGGAGGACACGUUGGUGGAGCGUAUAUUCUGUUGCUGGGAUCGUGAGAACGAGGGAAUAAUUAGAUUGGAACCAUGGAUCAUGGGUCUGGAUCUGUAUCUUCGGGGCAGCCUACGGGAGAAAAUUGAAUUUUGUUUCAAAGUGUACGACUUGAACAACGAUGGAUUCAUUACGAAGGAUGAAAUAUUUCAAUUGUUCAAGAAUUGUUUGAUAAAGCAACCGGGAGAAGAGGAUCCUGACGAGGCGGUGAAAGAUUUGUCCGAGCUGGCGUUGAAGAAACUCGACGUGGAUCGGGAUGGGAAAAUAUCAUUUCAGGAUUACAAAUUGGGUGUAACGGAGGAGCCAUUGCUGUUGGAAGCUUUUGGCCAGUGUCUAUCCACGGAGGAGAAUUGUGCUUCUAUCCUUGCCACGUUAAAGUCGUGAAGUGAAUAUGGCGAUGGAUCCGGGGAAGGAUGUUUCGCUGGAAAAAGAUAAUAGAGGUUAAUUAAUUGUAGCCAAGAUAUUAAAAUGCACUCAAAGGAUUUGUAAUCAUGGCACCUGCCGUUUAUUAAAAACAAAUUCGA